AUGUCUGUUGAGAUACCUCCGCCCGACGAGGAAGAGCGGUACUUGGAGAAGCUUGUGUUUGGCGACAGCGAAGGGUUUGGUGAAAAUCUGAAGCAAGUCGACAAACUGUUCGACUUUGAGCAACAGGAGGAGAAGGAGCUAUUCACCUAUGACGAUACCAGUGAGGAUGAGCAUCUGGACCAACUGAAGAACAGGGACCUCGUUUCUGAAUCUGAGGCCGAAUCCGACGCCGAGAGCGACAACCUGGAGACCAUGGCAGACGAGGACCUCUACUUUGUCGACGAGAGUGACGAGGACAGAAUGGACACAGACUCAGACAACGAGCCAGCUUCCGAUUCAUUGAGCGAAUACAGCGACGACGAGGAGGCCGCAUGGCAGGAUAGCGACGACGAAAAGGUUAGUGCGUCUCUUCUGGGUGCCGACAAGUUGCGCAAACUACGCAAGACUGCUCAAGACGACAAAAUCAGAGGUAAGCAGUAUAUCCACCGGCUGCGGGAGCAGUUCGAGAGAAUCCAUCCCCGUCCUGUGUGGGCCGACGAAAUUGAAGGAGACUCUGAGGAAGAGCACGAGCUGGAUGCAGAGGCCGGCCACGCGUCCACAGACGUUCUGGUGUCGACGAACCCGCUGCUUGAGUUCCUGAAAAGCAACCAGACGCAUAACAUAAAAAGCCAGGACACGCGGUUUUUGCCGGCCAAUAAAAUUGAUAUCUCACGGCUGACAGACGCCAACAUCAAGAAAAUAUCAAGGUCGGCCGUCCAGACACUCAGUUUCCAUGAGUCGCAGCCGCUUCUCAUGACCGGAGGCUACGACCGUACGCUCAGAAUCUACCAUAUCGACGGGAAAAUCAACAACCUCGUGACGUCGUUGCAUCUCCGCAACUCGCCUAUCCAGACCGCGGCAUUCAACGGCGACAACAUUUUCGCCGCCGGAAGACGGCGAUACAUGCACAAAUGGGACGUGCUUGGUGGCUCCAUCGAGAAAAUCAGCAGAAUGUACGGCCACGAGAAAACACAGCGGUCUUUCGAACAUUUUCGCAUCAGCAAAAACGGCAAGUAUCUCGGCCUCAUGGGAAACUCCGGCUGGAUCAACAUCAUCUCCCCAAAAACGGGUGUCUGGCUAAAAGGAUUCAAAAUAGAAGGCACCUUAGUGGACUUUGAUUUCUCGCAAAGCACCAGCAAAGACGCACAUACCACGCUUGCCGCGGUCAACAGGGCCGGCGAGGUGUGGGAGUUCGACGUCGAUGCCGGAACGACGCUCGACAGAUGGACAGACGACUCCGGAACCGGCGUCACCAGAAUCAAGUUUGGCGGCAGCAACAGCAGAUGGCUGGCCGUCGGCAAUAACGUCGGCAUCGUCAAUGUGUACGACCGCCUCAAGGACUCGCACAGACCCGCAGGGAUACUCGAGAACCUCGUCACGACAAUCUCGAGCAUCGCCUUCACCAGCGACGGGCAGGUCAUGUGCAUUGCGUCACGUGAUAAGAGAGACGCUCUGCGGCUGGUGCAUCUGCCCUCGUGCCGGGUGUUUUCGAAUUGGCCGACGAGCGGCACGCCGCUGGGCCGUGUGACAAGUGUGUGUUUCAGCCCGAACAACGAGCUGCUCGCGACAGGAAACGAGGCAGGCAAGGUGCGGCUGUGGAGGCUGAACCAUUACUAGCAGAUAGGUGUAAUAAUGCAUGUUUACAAUGAUAUAUAAAAGCUCAUGAACGAUCGUACUGUUCGAAAGGUGCUAUAGCUCUGGUCCUGUUUUCGAAGACCCGUUGAUUUUGCGGCGCUCGAGGAUUUUGGAGUGAGUUAGUUUCAGGUCAAACGUGUUGCUCAGCGUCGCGUCGAACGCCGGCGACUGUUCGCUUUGCACGGUGUAUUUUUUUGCCGGCAUAGGCCGUUUAUCCACGGGAGUGGUGUCAUCCAUGGUGAUGUUUUCCAGCCCUUCCUUGAUCUCGUCGCUUUGAUCACUGAGCUCGAUAAAUUGCGUUGUCUGCGGAGUACGCGGAUAUAUCUUAUGCGUUUCCGAAACGCUUUUCGUGAUGGACGAGGACCGCGAGUCUCCCGCGUUGGCUAUCGAGGACGUUGUCGAUCCGCAGCUUCCUAUUUUGGAUGACUUGAUCUGGAAGCACACCGACGACUUGCGCUUGUUUCCCGUGUAGAAGUCUUCUAUCUCAGAUGUGAGAAUCGACGACUCCUCGUUCGCGGUCAUGCUGGUUGUGUCUGUCAACGUUCCUCCGGAUCGCUCAGUUUCGAGUCCCGACAGAGGAUCGUCCUUGAGCGGCGUUGUCCGACGUUCCCUGUAGGACGGGGAUUUCGAAUACUUGGCGUACGGCUUGGGUGUCAGGUCUGUUUCCUCGAAUUCCGAGUCCUCGUCGAACUCGUCGCUGACUUGUGAGGAAUCCGAGUCUGGUCGUUUGCGGAACUCGAGGAUCCCAAUAGGCUCGUCCUCCUCGAGAACACCGAGAUUUCCAGCUUUUGGAGCAGCCAGUUGCGGUGUAGCGUCUCUUUGCACGCCGUUGGCGGUGUCGAAGACGAGCCGAAUCGCUUCUGCGCGCGGAGCCAAAAGGCCGUCGGCAAGAUUAUCUGCGGUGCGGUUCAGCUUCUUAUACAGCGCCUCGUCGAACGUUGUUUGGGGAGCGGUUUCGUUGCUAGGGGUGGUAUCAACUUGGUCCUCGUAUCCUCUCACCAUCCACGGAUCUCUGAGUAACUGGUCAAUAGAGUACCUUGCGUCAGGAUCCACAAUCAGAAGAUUGGCAAUCAGCCGUUUACAGUCGUCCGAGACCUCGUCGAACCACGGACUCAAAAACUUGUAGUCGCCUCUUGACACUUUAGUGCUGAUAUCCUUCGAAUCCUGCGUAGCCGAGUAGAAAGGCGGGAACCCAACUACCAGAGUGUACAGGACACAACCAAUGGCCCACAUAUCCACUUUUUUCGUGUAUCCAAGAUUCAUGUGCUGUUCGGGAGAAGUGUAUCCAACGGUUCCGCAAGGCGUCUUGGCCUGCAUGUUUUCGUUGUACAGGACGGUGGAAAGCCCAAAAUCUGCGAGUUUGACGACUCCGAUACCGGCAGAGCCGUAUUCAGGAAUGAAUUUGCCCUCGUCGAGUUUGUUGUUGUCGUCGGAACGCCGUCUGGCUUUGUUCUGCUCCUGUUUGGAGCGUGGUAACACCUCAGUCGGGACAAAUAGUAAGUUUUCGGGCUUGAUGUCGCGAUGCACAAUUCCCUGCGAAUGCAGAUACUUGACUGCGCUGGCAACCUGUCGAAUCACGUGUCUCGACAAGUCCUCGCUGAAAUAGGUGUAUUUUAUAAUCUGGUUGAAAAUCUCUCCACCGCUCACAUAUUCCAGGAACAAAAAGCAGUAUCUAGAAUUGUACGAGUUUUGGUAGUUGUACAGCUUGGUGAUGUUCUUGUGAUCUAAUUUCGACAUGAUGCUGAUCUCUUUCAGCACAGAGUUGAUUUGUUCGGGUUUCAUGUUUGUUUUGUCGAUGAUCUUGAUGGCUACAAAGUCCUGUGACUCGGUGUCGAGCGCCUUCACCACCACAGAAAAUGCUCCCUCGCCGAUCUUUUCUAGCAAAGUAUAUCUGGGCGACAGUUCUGAGUAAAAUUGGGCGAAUUCCGGAGGGAUCGCCGGAGGAGGGCGUGAGUCCGUGUUGUUUUGGUCCACAGGGCCCGUUUCGGGGCCUGACCGGCUCUUCUUGACUAUAUUCUUGAACAGCCCAAGCAUGGCUAGCAAUGACUAAGCAAAGAACCUUGACAGGGACCUUGGAACUUCACGGCUAAAGUGGCUCUGAUAGCAGUAGAGAAGAAAACAGGCG